AUUCCCUUAGCGGAGAGAGAGAGAGAGAGAGAGAGAGAGAGAGGCAUGGAUGCACUCAAUUCUACUAAACCCGACGACCACCAGAUUUUGGUUGAAGAGAAGUUGUCUGCAAGAAUAUUGACAUUGAAUAGGCCUAAGCAACUGAAUGCCCUUUUAUUUCAAAUGAUUUCUUGGCUAUUGGAGCUUUUCAUUGCAUAUGAGGAGGAUUCUAAUGUGAAGUUGGUAAUUGUCAAGGGAAAGGGAAGAGCAUUUUGUGCUGGAGGUGAUGUUGCAGCAGUGACUCGGGAUAUUAAUGAAGGUACCUGGAGGUUGAGUGCAAAAUUUAUUUGGAUGCAGUACACCUUAAAUUACAUUUUGGCAACAAAUCGUAAACCCCAGGUUUCAAUCCUUAAUGGAAUUGUCAUGGGAGGUGGGGCAGGGGCUUCAAUACAUGGUAGAUUCCGGGUUGCAACAGAAAAUUCGGUACAAUGGAGCCUUGUAGUUCAACCAGCACCUCCUGGUGUUUCUAAUGUCACCCCUCUUUGGUCUGCGUACUCUAAAUUGCAGUGUCCUAUUGCAACUCCAGGCACUUGGGGCUAUCCAUUCUAUACCAUAUUUAUGUGCAAGAUGUUGCCAGAUGAUGUUCAAUGGCAAUCAGAAUUUCUUCUCUCUUUGCAGAUUAUAAUUUUGAAUGCAUUGGCAAUUAUGGUGCCAUGUGUUCCAUAUGGAUACAUGAGUUUGGACUUGUUGCAAGUCUUUGCAAUGCCAGAAACGGCUUUGGGAUUCUUCCCAGAUGUGGGUGCCUCCUAUUUCUUGUCAAGACUCCCUGGAUUCUUUGGAGAAUAUCUUGGUCUUACAGGCACUAGGUUGAAUGGUGCUGAAAUGCUUGUAUGUGGUCUUGCAACUCACUUUGUCCCCUCUGAGAGAUUGUCUUUGUUGGAAGAAGCACUGUGCAAGGUAGAUUCAAGUGAUCCAGCCAUAAUCUCCGCAGUUAUCAAUGAGUACUCAAAGCAACCUUAUAUGAAAGAGAAAAGUGCAUAUCACAGAUUGAAGGUCAUUGAUAGGUGCUUUUCUCGAAGAACAGUGGAAGAAAUUAUAUCUGCCCUUGAGAGAGAGGCCUUGAAUAAGAAGGAUGAUUGGGUCUCUGAAACAAUCCAGUCACUGAAGAGAGCAUCACCAACAAGCCUUAAAAUUUCUCUGAGAUCGAUUAGACAAGGACGGCUCCAAGGUGUUGGUCAAUGUCUUGUUCGUGAGUAUAGAAUUGCUUCUCAUGUAAUGCAAGGAAAACUCAGCAGGGAUUUCUUUGAGGGCUUCAGAGCUAUACUAUUGGAUAAGGAUAAGAACCCAAAGUGGGAGCCCUCUAAAUUGGAGCUUGUUAGUGACGAUAUGGUUGACUCAUACUUCUCUAUGAUGGAUGAUGAAGGCUGGGAAGAUCUAAAGCUCCCUGCGAGAUCUAAUUUGCCUGCAUAUGCCAUUGCAAAGCUUUAAUG